ACACGAAAACGCCCGAACCAUUGAAGCCUUGGCGCCCUUGGAAGAAGAAAUCGGAUGAGAAGAGUGUCACGGAAAAACUGCUUAUACCUUUGCCUGUGCCGCAUCCAGUGCAUAUUGCAAUUGCCAUACAUAAUCGUGACACCGAAAACCCCAUACCACUGGACUCAGAGCUCGUAUGGGAAAUCCUCAAAUCGAUUGAAGAUUGUCAGGGCGGUGAUGUGAUGGCCGUGCAAUCAGUUGCGCGCUAUCGUGGCGCUGUGACUGAAUCGAGCAAUGACUCCCUGGCCACCAGCAGUAGCAUUGGCAGCACACGGGAUUCCGGCUCCGGUUCGGGCAUCGUAGGCAAUGGCACCGAAACCUUGCCAUGCGUCAAUCGCGAGGUUUGCACGCAGGUGAAGGUGGCGGAGGAGCCAGUACAAUCGUCUGGCUUCCAUUGGACACUCAGUAACUGGGGUGCAGCGCAAACGGCGCGUCGGCGCACCAACUCAAAUGUGCGCGUUGAUUUGGCGAGUCCCGAAGAUAUCUCACUAGACACCGAUAGUUCGCGCGCCGUCUUCAAUCCCUACGGUACAACAGUUUAGAUAGAUGGCCAGUGAUACAAAUACCUACAUAUGUAUGUGAACAGCUAUAAAAUGAUAAUGCCAUAUUUUAAUUUGCAUAUAAAUUGAAAUUAUGUUUUAUAAGAAGUGAACAAAUUUGGAAUUGCUGUGCGACGAAGUGGCAGCAUUAAGUUGGUCAAACAACGAUUGGUAGCAAAAGCAUGUAAUGACGUGCAUAUGCGUAUUCUAAAAGCAUCAGCAUAUACAUACAUACAUUCAUAUACGCAAGCGUAUGCAGCUCAUAUGCAUACCUUCAUAUAUAUACAUACAUAUAAAAGUGAAUACAUGGUAGUUAUAUAUAAUUAUACAGGCGAAUAUACAU